AUGGAUCGUUGGACUGGAAAAGUAGCUGUCGUAACCGGAGCAAAUUCCGGAAUGGGCGCAGCAAUUUCAAAGGAUCUUGCAAAAUUGAGCAUGCAAGUGGUUGGUUUAGAUCUUCAGAUCCAAACUAUUCAGGAAAAUGCUCAUAAGAUGAGUAGAUCAAAUGGGGGAGUGAUUUAUCCACGAAUUUGUGAUAUAAGAGAAGAAAAACAAGUAGUUGAUUCAUUUACUUGGAUUUCGGAAAAAUUUGGUGGCGUGGAUGUUCUUGUCAAUUCUGCUGGCAUUAUAAGAAAGAAUAUGCUAACGAAUGUAGGAAAUACAAAUGAUCUUCGCGAUGUAUUAAAAGUCAAUGUACUAGGAUUGUGUUUUUGUACAAGAGAAGCCUUUAAAUCCAUGAAAGAGCGUGAUGUUUCUGGACAUAUAAUUAACAUUAAUAGCAUGGCAGGACAUUCUAUUUUAUCAUUCCCAGGAAUUGCCCCAAUGACAAAUAUUUACGCUGGUUCAAAAUAUUGUCUAACAGCACUUUCUGAAACAUUACGUCAAGAAAUAGCUUUCUUGAAAAACAAAACUAAAGUUACAAGUAUUAGUCCAGGUCUGACAGCAACAAAUAUGACAAGAAACUUCUCAUCUGAUAAAACUAAAAAUAAAAUUACAGAUCGAUUUCCUCAAUUGCUUCCUGAAGAUGUAUCGAAUUGUGUCAAAUUUUGUUUGAGUCUUCCUGAACAUGUUCAGGUGAACGAAAUAAUGGUGAGAGCAGUCGGUGAAAAUAUAUUAUAA